UAAGUCCCCAGGUAAACCUCCCUCUCCAUUUACUUCAGGCACAAUGGAGCUGGCAGAAAGCCUCUUGGCCUUGCUGGUGGUUUGCUUUUCGGCCUUGGUCCUCCUCUCAGCAUGGAGCCAAAUGGCUCAGAGAAGGCAGCUACCCCCGGGGCCUACGCCCCUCCCGAUCCUGGGCAACUUGCUGGACCUGAAGACCCAUGACAUGCUCACGUCGUUCAAGAAGCUACGAGACCAGUAUGGACCAGUGUUCACAGUUCACUUGGGCCCCCGAAGGGUGGUCGUCUUGUAUGGAUACAAGGCCAUCAAGGAAGCCCUGGUGGACCAUGCCGAAGAGUUCAGUAGUAGAGGGUACUUGGCCACAGUGGACGACUUCGUUCAGGGUUUCGGGAUUGCUUUUGCCAACGGGGAACGCUGGAAGCAACUCCGUCGGUUCACACUCAGCACCUUGCGGAAUUUUGGAAUGGGGAAAAGGUCCAUCGAAGAGCGAAUCCAGGAGGAGUCCCAGUUCCUGUUGGAGGAAUUCAGAAAAACUGGCGGUUCCCCUUUUGACCCCACGUUCUUCCUAAGCCGGUCUGUUUCCAACGUCAUCUGCUCCAUUGUUUUCGGUCGGCGCUUUGACUACGAAGACAAGGACUUCCUCUCAUUGCUGGCCAAGAUCAAUGAGAAUUUUGUGCUGAUGAGCAACACCUGGGGCCAGCUGUACGAGAUGUUUCCAUGGAUCAUGAGGUUCCUGCCAGGGCCCCACAAGAAGAUGUUCCGGAACUUGGAUGACAUCUACGACUUCGUGGCCGAGAGGGUCAAGGUGAACGAAGCGUCGCUUGACCCCGAGAACCCCCGGGAUUUUAUCGACUGCUUCCUUAUUCAAAUGAAAAAGGAGAGCAAAAACCCUCUGAGCGAGUUUCAUCUCAAAACAAUGAUCAUGACUGUCCUCAACCUGUUCGUUGCUGGGACUGAGACCGUGAGCUCCACACUCCGUUUCGGAUUCCUGAUUCUGCUGAAAUAUCCAGAGGUGCAAGAAAAAGUUAUCCAAGAGAUCGAUGAUGUGAUCGGGAGGGACUGCGUGCCAGCGGUGGAGAAGCGGGCCCAAAUGCCAUACACGGAUGCGGUGAUCCACGAGAUCCAGAGGUUUAGCGACGUCAUCCCCACCAACCUGCCCCACGCCCUGACCCGGACGGUACAGCUCCGGGGCUACACGCUGCCUAAGGGCACAGAUGUCAUUCCCUUGCUCACCUCUGUGCUGAAAGACCCCGAAUGCUUCAGUGACCCCGAGAACUUCAACCCAGCCCACUUCUUGGACAAAGACGGUCGCUUUAAGAAAAACGAUGCCUUCAUGCCCUUCUCCGCAGGGAAAAGGAUCUGUGCCGGGGAAAGCCUAGCGCGCAUGGAGCUCUUUGUCUUCCUGACUUCCAUCCUGCAACAUUUCACGCUCAUGUCCCCCGACAACCCCAAGGACAUUGACCUCACAGCCACAGCCAACGGUUUCGCAAACAUCCCACCCGCCUACCAGCUCUGCACUGUUCCACGCUGAGGAACGAUUGGUUGAGAAGCAGGGCAGGGAAAGGGGCAACAAAUUUAAUU